AUGGAGGCUGAGAAGGCCGACAAGGAGGACACGGCCGUCGAGGACGCAGAAAAGGUGAAGAAGGAGGCAGAAGCGAAGGCAAAGGCAAAGGCUGCCGCAAAAGCAAAAGCGGCCGCAAACAAAAGUCCUGAAGCCAUAGAGAGAGAUGAGCGACUAGAGGCAAACUUCAAGCUCUACGAGCAUCAUACGGAGGAAGAGCUGAAAGAGAUCCUGCCGAAGAAGGCAGAUGGCGGCUUUACCUCCAUAGGCGCAAUGUUGCAUGCAAGUGGGAAAUGCGCCACCUGCAUUUUUCAUCAUUCGCCCAAGGGUUGUUACAACGCAAUAAAAUGCCGGUUCUGCCACGGAGACCACACAAAGCCGAGCAGAGCAAAAAGCAGGAAAAAGAAGAAGCCUGAAGGCGAAGGAGACGAGAACAAGGCCGCAGCCGGCAAUGGGCCACAGAGACUGAAGAAGACUCGCGAAGGCGACGACAACGAUGAGCUUUCGAAGAAGAGGAGGCUCGGCAACUCGGGGGAGCUUGAUGAGCUGGGAAACAGCAAGCCUAGCUGGAUUUCUGACGGUGACGAAAGCUAUCCGUACCGGACUGCGCGACCACCUCCUUCACCUUGGGGUGCUGCAUAUCCUGCACCGCCAUACUACUAUCCUCCGGCGAUCAGGGACGCGCGGCCGCCGGACUAUUAUCCACCACCUGCACAAGCUGCUUAG